AGCGGAUACAUCAGGCCCUGCGGACGGCCACCAUAUCGCACACGGGCACACCCGUCCUAUGCGGGUCAGCUCUGAAGAACAUGGGUGUACAGUUGGUCCUGGAUGCCGCGGCCAGGUACCUCCCCAGCCCUUUGGAAGCGGAACCCCCGGCACUCGCCAGCGAAAACGCCUGUGAUGAGGAGUAUGUCGAGCGGGAGUG